UUGAACCAACUCGUACUUGACGCUUCAAAGGUACAUGAAAACCUGAAGAAGUCGAUGGUCUCGGUCCAGCCCCUGAACAAAGACGAAAAAGACUUUCUCGAUAUUGCUGAGCGUAGCCUUCAGGUUAUCCUCGAAUUAAAGACCGAGAUCGAUAAGCUGGUCGCCCGCCACCAGGCCAAGGGGAGCCUGGGAGCUUCCGUCUCGACGACUUUGAGAGCAUUGUACCAGAAGCCAGCACUCGGCAAGCUCGAAAAACGCAUGUAGGCCUACCAGAGCGUUCUAGAAUCGGGUCUCCUUCGCUUUUGCAACGCAAGUGAUGCCAGUCUUUUCGAGCAAGAGACCCGCUUCAACGAUUUAGAUGAAGCCAUGCGGACCUUUAUCCUGGCACUCUCCAGGGGGCAGACACGUUUAGAGGAUCUUGUCCAGCAACAGUCCCACUCUGUCAAGGAGGUCAUCAGGGCCGAGACCAUGCGGUCGCAGCAUAUAGUUGCUGCCUUAGUAACUUUAGAAUCUGCCAAAGUUUGCGAGAACAUUAUGAAUGACCGUAAUUCAGGUCCUCCAAUGUGGCAGAGACGUGAAAAGCUGUUGCGAAGUCUCAAGUAUGAUUCCAUGAACGACAGAAUCGACCAGAUAUCUGAGACUCACGAAGGGACAUACCAAUGGAUUAUUCAGGGGGUUCGCCCUUGGAUAGCGGAGAUAGGGGAUGACUUGGACGAGGGGGCGAGUCAGUCACAUUUCCAUCCAGAUUGUUCGCCCAAAACAGCCGUUUUCGACGUCGACGUUUCCUGGAACUGCUUCCGAUGCUGGACCCAGUCAAUAACAGACGACAUAUAUUGGAUACAGGGAAAGGCGGGAUCUGGAAAGAGCACUCUGAUGAAAUUCCUCACCCAGGAGUCCGAGAACUGGUCCACUCAACAAAGUCAUCUCCAAAGGCCUCCAUUAGUCUUAACCCAUUUUCUCUGGGCAGCUGGCCUUCCCAUUCAACGGAGUAUCUGAGGCAUGCUUCUAUCCCUUGUCCAUUAGUUUCUGUUCGACAAGCCAGAGAUUGUUGAUGAGAUGAUCAACACCACCUUCCCUGGAGCUGAAUAUAAAGAUAUCUCGGGCGACUGGUCCAGGAAAGAUCUCUAAAAGGCCAUCAAUAUUUCUUUCCCGACAUCCAAAGUCCCAAUCUUCAUAUUUAUCGAC